AACAUCAGCCAACUAUAAGGCUGCUGCAGUUGCCUUAUUGGCCAGGUACCCUCAACUGAUGAAAGCCAUCAAGUUCGGUGAUGCAGUAGAAAUAUGGAGGGUGAGGAUUUCUAUCAAAGCCCGCAACGUGCGACAGAGGAGGGAUCGUCAAGUGCCUUGCGUGAUGGCCGUGCGUGCCAAAAAAAAAUUGCAUCUGCCAGAGCAAGAAAACGAUGCCAUGCCCCCCCCCCCAAAAAAAAACCUGCCUGCUUUUGGUGUCGCCAACUAUAUGCCCCUGCAACCCCUUACAGAAGACGACAUCUCAAUUCAACGUCACAGAACCAUGAUGAUCAACGAGUUGAGGAAAAAUUCUCCUAAUCCCCGCUUCAUUGAAGAAACGAUGCGUCUGACCUUUUACGAUCGCAGGCGGCUUAUAGUUACGGAAACUGCAACAGUAGCUAGCGUGGCUGAGCUGUACCCUGCUCUUUUCAAUCCAUAUCAGAUACUCUUUGAAUUCCAACGUUUGACGGAGAUCGACUUGACGGAAAGCCUUCGUGGAAGAAUGCGAGAACAAUGGAGGGCACUUCACUUGCUGUGUCAAGUAGACAUCGCUGACCAGUCUGAUAUGGACUCUGAUGAAUAUGGAGAGAUAAUGAUGUCAUCUGGCUUUCUCCUGAUCCCAGCAUUGAUGCGCGAACAGAUCACAUUUGACAUGCCCUUACAGGAAUCUACUUCCGAGGCUGCCCCAAGUCUUCAUUUCCGUGAUGCUUCAGAUCCCAGCUCCGAAGGGGUCAUCUUCGUAGAAAAAAUGAUGAUAUGCCAAGUAUCCAGCAUUAUCGAAGGAUUUUCUACGUGGUUUGCCUCCUUCUAUGUGUUCGACAUGUCAUAUCCUAAAUAUGCCAAGAAGACGUUGUGCUUCAUCCAACGAGGACUACUUGGUCUAAAGGAUAAAAGCAAAACGCCUCUUACCGUUCUGGAAACGAUGAGAAAAGAGGCCAACUUGAAGUAG